GCCCAUGGCUUUAGAUGAGCUUUAAGGUCCCUUCCAACCCAAACCAUUCCAAGGUUGUGUGAUUCUAUGAUUCCUGGGGUUCGCCCUCAGCACCUCGCAGUUUGGAGCCUUCCGAUGGAGGCUGGGAAGAGCCGAGGAGCCUCUCAGCAUCCUUUUCUUCCUGUUUCUUUGCCCUGUACUUCUUAUCAUGGCAAAUACUUUGGCUGCUUCACUUCAUUGCUGACCAGAGAGGAAGCAAGGAUAACACUUGGUGGUGGAAGCUGCAGAUGGGAACUCGCCUACAUUCACCCAGUACAUCCAGGAGCUGCCUUUCCAGUUCUGGCUGCUUCUGCAGUGCUCCUGCUCCUGCUGGGACCUUGCAGACCUCACAGCCCCCAGCACCGUGCUCAGCAUCACUUUAUGCCAGCAGCAAGCGGUUCGUGGUCCCUGAGAUGCUGUCAUGGUCCAUAGGCAGGAGAUGAUGCAGCCUGGGGACAAACAGGACAAGGAACGUGGCUGAUGCUGUUCCAAUCCACUCCUUUGAUGUGCUUGAAGAUGAGGUUUAAUUCUCGGGUGAAGUAUUUGUAUGGAAGCUUUAGGACGAGAGCAGCUUCCCAAGAGAUGCAGGGAUGCAAUACCGGCUGCAUCCCACUGGGAUGCAUGUCCUGCAGCAGCGUCUGCAGGCAUCACCCAGAGCUGGGAUUCACCAAAGCAGGGGAUGCUCAGUGAGCAGGGCAUGGGGCAUCCCACAUCCCUGCUCCCCAAAUCCCCCCCCAGAGCCAGCAAUGGAGCCACGCUCCCCCAUUGGCACCAAUUUCCCGGUGCUGCCAGACAAUGGGAAGCCUCUUCCUGUGCCGCUUCCCUCUGCUCUUUGUCUUGUCUGUGUGGAUAGUAAAUUAUUCAAGGAUGGAACUGGAGAUGUCUUGGAAGUGCCUGGCUCAGGGGAGCUCCAGGAAUACAAAUACCAGACACAUCCGAGCUCACUUUCUGUCUGUGUGCGAUUUGGGGUGAAACUGGCCAUUUUUGGCUGUGAUUUCUUUGCUCUCUAUGUUUUCACAAUAGGUGUUUGAGUUUCUCCCAUCCAUGCUGAUGGGUUCAAACACACCCCAUGGAUCAUGCAUUGGACCCGUGCAUUGGCCUUGGACAAGGCUCAAACCAGCGGUGAUGGCACCGUGGACCGCUCCAAAGGGAGCCGGGGCAGUGAUGGAGCAUCACCGGAGCAUCACCUCCUGCUUUGCCUGUAUCAUAGGAUCUAUCCCUUGUGCUGGUCAUAGCCCAAAAAUACCUCCCCCUCCCUGGGAUGGUUUCUGGCCAUUAAUCACCCUAUUUCAGUGCCAGCACCUUUGAGCUCACAGGAAACCGUUGGUGGGGCAGAAAGGGGAAGGAAGGCAUUGCAAGAGGGAGCAGUGGAAGGGCAGGAUGGAGCCCAGAGGCGUGGGGAUGGGCUGGCUCUGUCUGGCAGUGCUCUGCUCCGGAGCUGGUGAGUGGGGUUCUGGGGGGCUGUGAGAGGAGGAAGAGGAGGAGGAAGGGGCGAUAUGAAGGCAGUGAGUGUGAUACCACAGGGCCUGCUCAGGAGACCCUUUGCAGCAGGGCUGGAUGCUGCCCUGGACAUUGAAUGGGGGGGAAAGGCUCAGGCUGUGACUUUAUGGCUUGGCUGGGUCUGGCUCAUGUGCAGGGGUUGAACUGGGGUUUUCUGGGCUCUCCCAGCGUUGAUUUGGGCCCCAAAUCCCCACCCUGGGCUCCCUCUGCCCAGCUCUUUGCUGGCCAAGGGGCAGGGAUGCUCCUUGACCACCCGGCCCCUUGCUUGUCCACAUCUCACCAUGGAUCUAUUGGCAUCCCUUUGUCCCUAAGCCGUGGUGCUGUAGUGCAGGCUGAGCUCCUGCUGUGGGACCAUGGUGAUGCAACCAGCAGCUCUGCAGCCCCAUUCCCACUCCAUAGGGGCAGGUUUGGUGUGGGGAGGCAUUGACAUCAAUUGAUGCCCCUCAUUCCCAGCUCUCACCCUCAAAAAGGACGCAGACCACGGUGAGGAUGGCCUGGAGCUGCUCACAGACCCCAACACAACCACUGGGGAUACGGGUGAGCUGACAACGUGGCCAACAGCCUCCCCAAGCCCUCCUUGGAGCCUGGAGCCCAUCACCACCACCCUGCUGCCACAGAGAGAUGCUGCAGGCAACAAAACACGAAAAGCACCAGCUCUCCCCAUCAAGUACUGGUCCCCUGCCAUCUUUGUGGUGGUUGCUCUGCUCGUGCUCUUCUUCACCUACCGAUGGACCAAGGGGGAAGGGACCCGGGACAGAGCCACCUCCAUCAACGACUCCUCAGACCUGGGAGCCCUGGAUGCCACCAGCACCCCCAGAGCCGCUGCUGCCCAGGACCCUGAGCCAGAGGAACCCCGAGCCCUGGAGUGCACUGAAACCACCUUCAGCGAGCAGGACCCCCAGCCCGAUACCCCAUGGUCGGACCCCAUACCUACCAGUGGUCCCCAUUGCUCGGAGCCCAGGGCUGAUUGAGUGUUCCCAGUGGCUUCCAGACAUUCCCAGGGAGCCCGAGGCCACCCAGAGGAGCAGUGUGGGGGCUGAGAUGGGAAGAUGCUCCAAGCAUCAUGUGCCCCCAUGGCCCUAACCUGAGGGAUGCCCAAAUCCUGGUGGGAAUGGGGACCUGUGUGGGAUGUGGGGCUUGGGGUGCCUGAGCCUGGCACAGA